AUGUCGACAUCCUCCGAAGAAAAUCCAAUUUUUGACUUCAAAGUCAGCGAGAACGAGAUGAACAUGGCCAAAUCAGUUCCUAAGCUGAAGGGCGAGUCCAACUGGAGGGUAUGGGAGGCGCAGAUGUUCAUGAUCCUUGGCUUCAACAACCCUGUCUAUGUGCAGCUGAUUAGGGAUGAGAUCAAGAUGCCUCCCGCUCCGGUCUACGAAGACCCAUCUCAUAGCAGCGUCAGAGCCCUACUUCUCAAAGAAGCCGAGGGUAAUAAAGAAAAGGACGCUUGCAUCACAGAAGAGGCCAUAGAAGCUCGCUCAAUCCAAAUUGUCGCUUCGAAUCUGGAGCUGCGGAAGCACCACGCAGACGGCGAAGAGAAGUGGGAAAGGGCUAACAACCGGGCUUUCCUACAAUUUGUAUCUACUCUUGGACCUGAGACUUUCUCUAUGGUUUCUCACAUUACCAAUGUUCGUGAGGCCUAUCUUGAAUUGAAAAGAUGGUACUGGAACCCAUCACACCAUGCUACCUACAACCGGUUUAAGAAAUUUGUCAACCUCCGCUACAAAAAGGAGAUCCUCACAACUUUGUGA